UAUAAACCCCCCCAUUUGGUAGCCUCCGGAUUAUUUAUGGACCGUAGUAUCAAAUCAACUUUAACGGUAUUCGGCUUUAUUAUCAGAAAAGGAGCACCAUGUCCAAGGAGCACUGGAUGCGGGAUCUGCCAAGUGAAUUGCGCGACCUGUCCAUCAUCAAUCUAGCCAUUCCAGGUUCCCACAAUUCAAUGACAUAUGGCAUAGAUAGCAAGUCCAAACUAUCGCCUGACGCGGAAAAGGCCAUAAGGCGAUGGCAUCGCUUCUUUCCCUGCUUCGUGCGCCGUUGGAGCAAAACCCAGAACACCGGGACAUUGGAACAACUGCAGUUGGGUGUGCGCUACUUUGACCUGAGGAUAGCCCAGAGGGAUGAUAAGUUCUACUACUGUCAUGGCCUCUUUGCAAUGGAGAUUUUCGAGCCACUAUUGGAGAUUCGACAGUUUGUGGACUCCCAUCCUGAGGAGUUGGUCAUUCUAGACCUGCAGCACUUUUACGCCCUGACAGUGGCUCAUCACCAGCAGCUGCACAAGGAUCUAAUCCAGUUCUUUGGCCAUCGUCUGUACUCCACCGUCGAUGGUUCCCUCAAGGAUUGUACUCUGAAUCGAUGUGCGGAAAUGCAACGCAGCCUGGUGAUCAUCUAUAGACGGUGUCCCAUUCCCUUGCCAUUAAGAUUCUGGCCCAGCUAUACUUGGCCCACACCAUGGCCUAAUAAAGCGAGUGUCAAGAAGCUGCAAUCCUUUCUGGAAGACUCUCUACUGUCGCGACAACCCCAGCAAGGGUACGUCUCCCAGUGCCUCAUCACGCCCACAGGCCGCUAUAUUGCUUUCCGGCUCUUCUUCACCCUGAAAAGUACAGCCAAGCGGGUGGACAAGAAGCUGCAGCCAUGGAUUCAGGAGCAGAUUCCGGGCCCCUUCGAACCAAAAGAUGAUCCUACAGUGAAUGUCUUCCUUGCCGAUUUCGUCAACCUGAAAGACGGGCAGUUCUGCAAUUGGGUAGUGGAGCUAAACACGAAGAUACAGGAGGGAAUGGCCAAGAAUCAGGAACAGCAUUCCUCUUGAAAGAUGUUCUGCUACCUUGUGCCAGAUAUGUAUUGGAAAAGAGUUGAUGUAGGGUUGGGUACACAAUAUUAUGAGCUUAUGACACUUUUUAUAUUUUUAUAAACCAAUAUUUGGGUUCUAUUACAAAGCAAAGUUUUUAUGUAUAUUUAGAUCGAGAAAUGUUUCAUUUGGUAAACUCGUGAUAAGCUUUUGUAGAGGCAAAUGGUAUAAACCCAGUGAUAUUCAAGUUAGUAAUUCUAUGCGCAAACAAUUUUUUAAAUGAGCCACUGAUAGAUCCAUAUGAAUAAGAUGUUAAUUUAUUUUUUAAGGCUCGACCUUGUCAUUGCUAAAACAGUCGCUCAAAAUUUCGUUUUAAAAAUCGUUAAUGUAAAUAAUAUCACAAGUCAGCUUUUCUCGUUGGUGCUAUCAAUAUUUUAUUUUUAAAAACCAAUAUACAAAAUAUAUAUAUAU